CAUUGCGAUAUGGAUUACCUACUGAAAAUACAUCUUAGGAUAUCGCCACUUUCCGAUCAAACAUUCAUCCACUUCAUAAUGCCAACUUGGAAAUAAUAUUAUCUUGAUGGGAUUACACCGUCCUUUUCACCUGCACAAGUUAUUCGCCUGGUGGUCGAUUCAGCGAGUUCCGUAAUUAUUUCAGCCAUCAGCCACUCAUCGAUUAACGUCGGCGUUGGAUAAUGAGGAGAAGAGGGCGCCGCUUCAAGCUCUGAAAGAAGUAACUCAUCCGCCAUGGCGCACGCUCUCCCAACACGAGUCGUGCGAGCGACGUCUUUGGCGUCCUGGCCCGCCUGGCCUAGAGUGCAACCACCGCCACAAUUAGCCGCGCCAACGACACCGGCGCGUCCAUCAGCAUUGCUACGGCGACCGGAAACAAGGAGGCGCCUCCAUGCAGCAGCCAUAUCGGAUGCCACACCGAACGCCCCUCGGUCCGCACCGGCGUCCGAACGACGUGAGGCUAUCAAGAACGCGAAGCCGUUUUCCGACUUUCUCACCGACACAUUCAGUCGGCAACACGACUACCUCCGUAUAUCCGUCACCGAACGGUGCAACUUACGAUGCCUCUACUGUAUGCCCGAGGACGGUGUUCCUCUGUCACCCACUCGGGAGCUCCUGACGACCCCAGAGAUACUCCUGCUCUCUUCCGUCUUCGUCUCCCAGGGCGUCACUAAGAUCCGACUGACUGGCGGCGAGCCCACCGUCCGCCGCGACAUCGUGCCGCUCAUGCGUCAGCUCGGCACCCUCCGCCCGCACGGUCUCCACGAACUGUGCCUCACCACCAACGGCAUCUCGCUGCACCGCAAACUAGACGCCAUGGUCGAGUCCGGCCUGACGGGGAUCAACCUGAGCCUCGACACGUUGGACCCCUUCCAGUUUCAGAUCAUGACGCGGCGCGACGGCUUCUCGGCCGUCCGCAAGAGCAUCGACCGCAUCCUCGAGCUCAACCGCCAUGGCGCCGGCAUCAAGUUCAAAAUCAACUGCGUCGUCAUGCGGGGCCGCAACGACCGCGAGAUCCUCUCCUUUGUCGACAUGACCCGCGACCACGACGUCGAGGUUCGCUUCAUAGAGUACAUGCCCUUCGACGGUAACCGCUGGAACGAGGGCAAGAUGUUCGCCUACGCAGAGAUGCUCGACACCAUCCGCGCCGCGCAUCCGGGUCUUCACAAGGUCCGCGACCAUCCCAACGACACGAGCAAGACGUGGAAGGUCCCCGGCUUCACCGGCCGCGUCGGUUUUGUCACCAGCAUGACGCACAACUUUUGCGGCACCUGCAACCGCCUCCGCAUCACUAGCGACGGUAAUCUCAAAGUGUGCCUCUUCGGGAACGACGAGGUUUCUCUGCGCGACAUCAUACGGCAGUCCAACGGAGGAGAGCCCAUUGACGAGGCCGCAUUUGAGGCCAUGAAGCAGAUGGAGAUGAACCGCCGCCAGGAUCUGGCAGGCUCAGACAGUCGACCUCUUGGGGUGGUCCCAACCGAAUCGGAGCUUCUUAACGUCAUUGGAAUGGCAGUCAAGGGGAAGGAGGAAAAGCACGCGGGCUUAGGGGAGCUGGAACACAUGAAGAAUCGGCCUAUGAUCUUGAUAGGUGGGUAAAAUGGCCUGGCCUGCUUCUUCUCCUCCGCUUUUUUUCUUCAUAUAUUUCCACUUUCCACCCCGCCACCACCAGCCUUUUCGCUUGGUUGUUGUCCUUAUCGGCCGGUUUGAUGCAUUGGGUAUGGCGUUAUGAAUGGACAUGGUUUGCACAUGAUGAUGCGAGGCCUUGCUUUGGGAAAUCCCAUCGAGAACGCAUGUAUGACAGACAGGACAGGAGCUAAAUAGUCUGAUUAUAUAGACUCGAUGGCUCUCUCAUCCCACUCAUCACGAGCAUCACCUGAGGUCCAAGGCAUGAAAACCGUGCUUCCUAUUUCGCAG